AUGUUGAAAGUAUCCUCAGGAAUUGCUCGAUUGCUUAAAUUUUCUGUUGAUGCUUGCUUUACUUUGAUCAGGAAGAUUGUUUUUGAAGAUGAUGAGGAUCAAGGCAUCGUACAAAGGGCUUGGGAAGGUCUUAUUCCAAACCUGAGUGGAUCUGCAACAAAAGUUGGGAAGUCUAACACCAAUGCGAAUAGGGCUUCCUUGGGAGAGAGGUUGUAUGCCUUGAUUAACAAGGAUUCUAGAAACGAGGACACAUCUGAUAGUGAACAUAAGCAAACCCUGCCUGACAAGCAUGUUGGAAAGGAAAUGAGCAGUUCAAUGCCUCUAGAUGAUGAUAGAAAACAGAGGUUACCAUUAAAUGAUGGUCUUGGGUUCAUAUAUUUUUCAAAUGUUGGGGUUUUCUUGUCAAAGGUCCCAGGUUUGGUUAAUGUUGACUUUGCAAAUGUGCGAGCUAUCAUGGAAAAUGCAGGGUCAUCUCUAAUGGGAAUAGGAACUACAACUGGUAAAUUAAGUGGAUCUUUGUUUGCUGACUUUUUUCUAUUUACCAAAUGCUUUAUAGAUCUCAAGAAAGGAGCAAAGGAGGCAAGAGAUGCUGCAUUGAAUGCCAUUCAAUCACCUUUAUUAGAUGUUGGUAUAGAAAGAGCUACUAGGAUAGUCUGGAACAUAACUGGAGGAAGCGAUCUCACUCUAUAUGAGGAUGAUGCAGUGAAGAACUUAGUGACUAAGUUACACUGCAAAAGCUAA